UUCCUAGGCAACCGCAGCCAGCCGUCUGUACACACUAGGCCCAGGGCUCGAGGGGUUGUCGUGCCAGCUGCUGCAGGUCGGGCAUUAGGAGGUCAGGGGGGACUCUGACCGGUCUCAGAUUGCCCCGGAAUCCAUGGUCUCGCUGGGAGAAGAUAUAAUAUUAUGACCAUUAUUUUUAAUGGAAAAUGAUUGAAAGUGAAAAUUUAAACCAAGAAGAAAUAAUUAAAGAACUGUGUUUGUGCAAUGGUUUAUCAUAUGAGAUGGUUGUACGGGAAGGAUCAGACACUUCGAAACUGGAGAUGUUUUUCUCAGGUUAUCCUCGCAUAGUUGGAUUAUCCUUGUUUCCUAAGUUAGUAAGUCUUACAAUUGUUGCUCAAGAUAUAAAAGAAAUUUCAGGGUUAGAGACUUGUGUACAACUUAAAGAACUUUGGAUUGCUGAGUGCUGCAUAGAGAAAAUUGGAGGUCUUCAAGAAUGUAGAAAUCUGGAAAAACUGUAUUUAUAUUAUAAUAAAAUUUCCAAAAUAGAAAAUUUAGAGAAAUUAAUCAAAUUGCAGGUUCUUUGGCUAAACCACAAUACAAUUAAAAAUAUUGAGGGCUUGCAAGCUUUGAAGAAUUUAAAUGAUCUCAACCUUGCUGGAAAUCUAAUAAGCAGCAUUGGCCGAUGUCUUGACCCCAAUGAACAACUGGAAAGAUUGAACCUUUCUGGUAACCAAAUAUGUUCUUUCAAGGACCUUACUAAUUUAACCAGGCUGCGUUGCUUAAAGGAUUUGUGUCUGAAUGAUCCUCAGUAUAAAGCUAAUCCAGUUUGUUUGCUGUGUAAUUAUUCUACGCAUGUGUUGUAUCACUUGCCUUGCCUUCAAAGACUGGACACGUUUGAUGUGUCAGCAAAGCAAAUCAAGGGCCUGGCAGAUACCACAGCAAUGAAAAAGAUAAUGUAUUACCAUAUGCGUAUAAAAACAGUUCAGAGGCAUCUUAAUGAAGACCUUGAAAGACUGAAUGACCGAAAAUGCAAAUUACAGAAGUUGCCAGAAGAACGAAUAAAAUUAAUCAGUUUUGCGAAAAAAAAUUUGGAACGAGAAUUGGCUGAACUUAAGAAAUCUGGCAGAGGACACAGUGUUAGAUCCAGUAACAAUAAAGUCACUGAGCUUGAAAAAUCAAAGAAUUGUGAAACUCUCACAGAAGAACCAAGUUUUCAGCAGAAGAUAUUGACCAAACUAAAUGCUUUGAACGAAAGGGUAACAUUCUGGAACAAAAAACUAGAUGAAAUUGAAACAAUUUAUCGCAUUGAAGUAAAGCAAAAGAAGAAAGCUCAUGGCUUACUGAUCCCAUUUUUGUUAAUUGAGUUGGAGACCGUGGGGAAUAUCCAUUUUGAAGAAGGCACUCAAUCUGAUGACUGGUUUAAUUCCUGCUAUGAAUUAAUUUUGUCACGUUUUUGUUCAUGGGACUUCAGAACAUAUGGUAUUACAGGCGUAAAGGUAAAACGUGUCAUUAAAGUUAACAACCGUAUUCUGAGACUCAAAUUUGAAGAGAAAUUUCAAAAGUUUUUGGAAAAUGAAGAUAUACAUGAUUCAGAGCACUAUCGAAAGAUGCUGGAAUGCCUUUUUUAUGUUUUUGAUCCUGAUGUUACAGUGAAAAAAAAGCAUCUGCUACAAAUACUUGAGAAAGGAUUCAAAGAGAGUGAAACAAGCAAGCUGCCUCUCAGAAAAGAAGCUGUUAUUCUUGCUAACAGCUUAAGUAUAUGUGAGUGUCCCAGAAUUGAAUUUCUACAGCGAAAGUACAAGGAUGAGAAGAAAAACUCUCUUGAACAUGAGCUCUUCAGACAUGGCAUCCUCCUCAUUACAAAGGUUUUCCUUGGCCAGACCAUUCAAGUUCGUGAACAAGAUUGCAUCAAUCAAGACAACUACCCAAUGGUUAAUUCAGUGUUCGUUCCACGGAAAUAUUUACUAAAUUCUAUCAUAGGACAAAGAAACUGUGACUGCAGCGUUCGGCAGUGCAAGUGGUUUGUCUUUGAUCAUGACCUUGUUUUGCCAGAAUACGUCGUUGAAUUUGAGUAUAUUACAGUGGUCAAGGCUCACUCUUUAUUUUCUUCAUUCAACAAUGUUAUUCUAGAAGAAAGCAAAAAAAAUUCAGAUGUAUCAGUAUUGUCCCAGGAUUUGAAAUUUGAUGAUGAAGUUAUGAAAAUGGAGCCUAGGAUCAAGCCUCGACCAAAACUUUUUAGUUUGGAUGAUAAAACAAUUAUUUCCCUUGCCAAGACUACCAUUUAUAGUCAUAUUGUGAGUCUGAAUCUACAUGGGAACAGCUUGAGUAAAUUGAGAGAUCUCUCCAAGUUAACAGGACUUCGAAAACUGAAUAUUAGCUUUAAUGAAUUUACUUGUUUAGAUGAUGUAUAUUAUUUGUAUAACCUUGAAUAUCUGGAUGCAAGCCAUAACCAUGUGAUAACCCUGGAGGGAUUUAGAGGUCUGAUGAAACUAAAGCACUUAGACUUGAGCUGGAAUCAACUGAAGAAAUCUGGUGAUGAAAUAAAUAUCUUAAGCAAACACACGGCAAACCUUCUCACUCUUGAUAUUCAACAUAAUCCAUGGCAAAAGCCAGCCACAUUGAGGCUAAGUGUUAUCGGCAGAUUAAAGACUCUUACACAUUUAGAUGGGAUCCUCAUUUCUGAAGAAGAAGUAACAGCAGCAAUGAAAUUUAUUACUGGAACAAGGAUUACUCAGUUAUCUCUCUUACGGAAUUCUAGUACUAAAGAGGAGAGACCACGGAUUCUUAGUAUAUGGCCUUCGGCCAAAAUUCUGACACAGAUCUUAAAGUUAGGACCACAUUUACAUCUGACUGGAAACUGGUACUUGAAGAUAACUGCCUUAAAUUUAGAUGGACAAAAUCUCUUCGAAAUCACAAAUUUAGAAAAAUUGGAAAAUUUGAAAUGGGCAUCAUUCAGCAAUAAUAACCUUACUAAAAUGGAAGGGUUGGAAUCUUGUGUUAAUUUGGAAGAACUCACCUUAGAUGGAAACUGCAUCUCAAAGAUAGAAGGUAUUUCCAAGCUGACCAAAUUAACCAGGCUCAGCAUAAAUAAUAAUCUUCUUACUGGAUUGGAAAAGCAUACUUUUGAUAACAUGCUUCAUCUUCAUUCCCUUUCUCUUGAGAACAACAGAAUCACUUCAUUGAGUGGUUUACAAAAAAUUUUUACUCUAGUUGAAUUAUACACAAGCAAUAACUAUAUUGCUGUCAACCAGGAAAUCUACAAUUUAAAGGGUUUAUGUAACUUGGUCAUUCUAGACAUAUACGGAAACAUUAUUGUAUGGAAUCAAGAAAACUACCGCUUGUUUGUAAUAUUUCAUCUUCCAGAACUGAAAGCUUUGGAUGGAAUCUCAAUUGAACCACCAGAGACUGAGAAUGCAAAGGAUUUGUUUGGUGGCAGACUUACUUCUGACAUGAUUGCAGAACGACAAGGAAACUGCAAUUUUAUUCAAAUGCAAGAACUCAAUUGGACUUCAUCAUCCAUCAGAACUGUGGAUUUGAUUCCAGUUGACCAGUUUAGAAAUGUGUGUAAUGUGAAUCUACAGAAUAAUAAUCUUACCUCAUUCAGUGGAUUAAUCUAUCUGCCUAACGUGAAGGUCUUAUGCCUCAACUAUAAUCAUAUUGAAUCAAUAAUGCCCAGAGUAAAGCCUCAGACUCAUUUAAGCAACAGACAGCUACUCUACCAGAAAGUGCCUUCAAGUGGCUAUGGACAGCAAGGGACUUCCAAAACAAACAGAGAUACAACGUUCAGUGAAAAUUUGCCUCCAAUAAUGCACAGUUUAGAAGUGCUUCAUUUGGGCUACAAUGGAAUUUGUAAUUUAAUCCAGCUACAACUUAACAGACUAAGAAAUUUAAAAUUCCUCUUUCUACAGGGGAAUGAAAUCAGUCAAGUCGAAGGGCUUGACAACUUAGUUGUCCUUCAGGAAUUGGUAGUGGACCAUAACCGCAUCAGAACAUUUAAUGAAAGUGCUUUUGCCAAACCAAGUUCUUUGCUGGCACUUCACCUGGAGGAAAAUAGACUACGAGAGCUGAAUAAACUACAACCUUUGGUAAAACUAGAGAAACUAUUCCUAGGAUAUAAUAAAAUCCAGGAUAUUACAGAACUGGAAAAACUUGAUGUUAUCACUUCUCUCAGAGAGCUUACAGUUUAUGGAAAUCCAAUUUGUAGAAAAAUGCUACAUCGCCAUGUGCUCAUAUUUCGACUGCCUAACUUACAGAUAUUAGAUGGAAUUCCUGUGAAUUCAGAUGACAGGGCAAAAGCUGAAUUUCACUUUUCUGAACUACAAGCAAAGAAAAAUUCGGUUAUUCCUGUUACCAGCUGUCCUAUAGAUGGUGGAUCACUUGGCCCAGUGAAAGCUCCUCCCAUAAAGAUAACAAACGUAAUUCUACCUGGUGGAUUUAGCCAUUACUUGGGAUCUGACUUCACUUUAACUACCGAAGUUGAAGACAAAAAAAACAAGAAUGCUGGAAUUCUGGCAAAUAAUCCUCGGAGCAUCCAUGCAGAAAUAGCUUUUCGGCAACUCAAAGGGAUAAACAUCUCUCCAUCUCUUUUAUCACAUCAGAAUAUUGUAUCUCCACCUGCACACAUCUACCACAGCAACCAAGAUGAGGCACGAAUUCCUGGGAGCAACCUUCCAAGAUCAAAUCGAAUGUAACCACCUAAAGAGAAAUGAACAUACACCAGGAAACAUUUUUCUGUUUAAUAGUUGUCCAAAAUGAGCAGAUACUGGUCAGUAAAAGAAAAAAGAAAGAUAAUCAUGUUACUUACGUUACUGAAGCACAUUGGUUCCAUAUGAAGAUAAUAUAUCACCUUUCACGAACUUGAUUUAAUAUCACCUCUCUUAAAACUUUCUUUAUGGUUAUCUUAAUUAUUUGUUUGAAUUUCUAUAUUAUAAAAAUCAUGGACUAUGACAUCAUACAAUUUGAAAAGAUAAAAAUGACAUGAAACAAAGUCCAGAGAAUCAAAUGCUUAGUUGUGGUAUUAUGUGGUAUCAUUAUGGUCUGUCAUGUGAAAGAUUAAGAAAAGAUAACUUUAGGAAGUAUACUUUCAUUUGUGGAAUAACCAUUUGUUUAGGAUUACAUUUGGGAUUACAUAAAACUAAAGCACACAUUUCUUACAAAACACAACUGACGAAAGCAAGGUGAGUUUUGCUGGCUGGACUGCAGAUUCAUUUCUAGGACUAUACUUUGAAAAAAAAAAAAAACCCUCAAACCAGCUCUGACCUCAAAAUUGUUUAGAGAUGCAAAUUGUAGGCAAUAGUACUUCCUAAAUGUGUUUGACUGUGGGUACAACCAGUCAUUUGUGCUCCAAGAAAAAUGAGUCCUAUUUCAUAUACAAAUCAUUAAUUGUGCCUACUGUGAUAUAAUUUUAUAGGCAGGUUCAGGCUGACAAGAACAUGUUCAAAGAUACAUUGAAAAUUUUGACUUUAAUUGAAUUUCACUAAAAAUUUUUCUAAACCAUUAUAUCGUAUAGUCCUAGGAUAUAUCAAAUAUCAAUGACAUACGAUUUUAAAUUGGCUUAUUUGUUAAAUACAGUCUUUUAAAUUGAUUACUAAACUGCCAAUCAUAUUUUGAUAUAAAUGGGCUCUAUGAUUCCCGAAAUGUUCUAUUUAAAUUUUUAAAGUGCUAGUUUAACAUUGCAUAUGUUUUCUAACUACUUUAUGUAUUCCUUACAUGGAAGUAAGUUAAAAUAAGUAUACUUUAUAAUCUAUCUAGAAUAGUUUUAAAGGUAUUUUGGAAACUAUAUAAUUCCAAUGUGUAUGCAACAGUUUUGUAUUUUUUCUUUCUUAAAUGCUGUAUGUUUGUAAUUUAAUCAUGUGAUAUUUAAAAUUUCAAAACUAAUUACAGAUUGAUUUCGCUCUUCUUAACGUGUGGUUUUUAAACAGUUUUACACUUAGGUGGAAUAAGAUCCUUAGUUUAAAAAUCAACACUGCAGUUCUUAAGAUGUCCAGAAGAUGUCGGUGUUGCCCUUCAGUUUGGACAGCUGCUUUCAUUACAGGGUUAAGACCAUCUGCUCUUCAUAGUUUAUCACUAAAUCAGUAUCACCUACUUUUUUCUUUUAUGAUUAUGUUUGAAUUAAAUGUUGAAGGCAUAAUGCUUUUAAAACAGAAAGUGUCUUUUUAAAUAAUAAACUAGGGGAAUAAUAAAUGUAAUAGGUUUUUACUGGAUAAAAAUAUUCAAGAAUAAAAAAAUACAAAGCAGAAAAACCAUACCUUAUGCUGCAUAAAACACCUACCGUAGUAUCUUAGCAUAUUUUAUUUUGGCCAUUUUUCCUAUGGAUUUCUAAUAUAUUUGACGUUUUUAUAAAAUUUUUAUGUAUAUACAUUGUUAAAUUUGGAGCCAUUUAAUUAUAUAAAUUUUUAAUUAAAUUUUAAUGGUGUCUGAAUUUUUCUUGAAAUUAAAAUAAUUGUUAAUACAUAAUUUGAUAGUGACAUUAAGAAAAAUAAUAAAAAUGUAUUUAGGCAUUGCUACAUGUCAUAUAGAAUAUAGACAUAGACCUAAUCUUCAAGGACUUUUUAAUAUAAAUAUACAAUAAACAAUUUCAAAUAAAAGCAAUGAGAGAAAUGAUUAUUAACAUGAUUUGGCACAGUCAUUCUGAUUUUUUUUUUUUUUUUUUUUUUUUUGUGGCCAGGAGAGCAGAUGACACUGAUGUGAUAGACCACUCACCUGGUAAUACCUACAUUGUUUAAGCUAUUGGUUACAUGCAAUUCAUAAGGUGAUAGCUGUAACUCCAUCCCUUUCCUACUCAGUAAAAGAAAUGAAAAUGUCAUUGAAUAUUAGUAAUGUUUUUGUAAGAGUGAUUUUAGAUCUUCUCUAAAUUAUUUAAGUAAAUAAUUCGCAAACUGAAAUUUUAGGUUAUAGUUACAAAUUACUUAUAAUACACUUAACAACUGAUAGCAACAAAACAGACAACUAGUGCUUUAAAUUUAUAAACCACUAGCAAACAUUUUAAAUGACUUAUCCUAAAAACAAUCCUGAAGCAGGCAUGAUAUGAACUGUCUCCAUUUAUAGAUAAAGCACCUGUGACUUAAAAAGGAAAAGAAAACAUAUCACACCUAAUCAGAUUUUUUUUCAACUCCAAAUUCAUUGUUUUUCAAUUACAAGCAAAUUAGCAAUUAAUUGUUACUAAUACGCUACUUACAUAUGUAAAGACUGUAAGCUAUUUAUUCAUUCAUUAUCCAGUGUAUAGAUAAAACAUAGUAUCCACAGUAAAAUCAUUGUUUCUUUGCUCCCAGCAAUUGUCUUGAUAGAUUUGCUUUACAUGCAGUCAUAUA